CACCUUUUACCCAACAUGUCUCUGGGAUAUGAGUUUCAUAAUGUCGUGCACAACCAUCGGUUGACCAUGAAGAGCACCCUCAUUUGGGUCACAGGGCUGGGAAUGGCCAUCCCUAAUUACACCUGUAGGAAAGAAAGCAAGUCAGUUGCAUUACUUACAGGAACAGUAUGGACAUCUUCUGCCCAAGUUGGGACCCUGUUGGAGCUCUACAAAUUUCCACAGCUCACCUUUGGGCCUUUUGAACACAUCCUGAGUGACAAUGGCCAGUUUCCCUCUCUCUAUCAGAUGGCUCCCAAGGACACAUCUCUGGCCUGUGGCAUGGUGUCCUUGAUGGUUCAUUUCAGCUGGAACUGGGUGGGGCUGAUCAUCUCAGAGGAUGAGAAAGGCAUCCGUUUUCUCUCAGACUUGAGAGGCGAGAUGGACAGGAACGGAGUCUGCAUGGCCUUUGUGAAUAUGAUCCCAUCCAGUGUGUCAUUAUACCUAAAAAGGCCUUACUUGUAUUACAACAGGUUAAUGACUUCAACAGCAAAUGUUGUGAUCAUUUUUGGUGAUAUGGACUCUUCCCUGAGCAUGAGCUUUAGAACAUGGGACUAUCUGGACACUUGGAAAAUCUGGGUUACCACCUCCCAAUUGGAUGUAACGUCAAGUGAGAGCCAUUUCAUCCUGGACCCAUUCCAUGGCGCACUCAUUUUUUCUCACCACCAUGGGGAGAUUUCUGGACUGAAACAUUUUAUCCAGACAGCAAACCCUGCCAAAUACCCAGAGGACACAUACCUUGCUAGGUUGUGGUGGAUGCAUUUUAACUGCUCAGUCUCAGAGUCUGAAUGUAAAACACUGGAGAGCUGUUCUUCCACAGGCUCCUUGGCAUGGUUACCACGGCACCAUUUUGACAUGGCCGUGAGGGACGGGAGCUACAACAUAUACAAUGCUGUCUAUGCCGUGGCCCACACCCUUCACGAGAUGCUCCUUCAACAAGCAGAUGGGCAACCAGCGAAGAAUGGGAAAGGCCCAGUGUUCUCCCCCUGGCAGCUGCACCCCUUUCUGAAGAACAUCAAAUUUAACAAUCCUGCAGGGGACCCAGUGAGUAUGAAUCAGAAAGGACAAUUGGACAGACAGUAUGACAUUCUUAACUUUUGGAACUUUCCGGAAGGCCUUGGACUUAAGGUGAAAGUUGGAACGUUUUCCCCUUAUUUACCACAGGGACAACAACUGUCUCUAUCUGAGGACAAGAUAGAGUGGGCCACAGGAGAUAGACAGACUCCCAACUCAGCCUGCAGUGUGAGCUGUGGACCUGGAUUCAGGAAGUCCCCUCAGGAGGGAAGGCCUGCCUGUUGUUUUGACUGCACUCCCUGCCCAGAGGACGAGAUUUCCAACCAGACAGACAUGGACCAGUGUGUGAAGUGUCCAGCUCAUCAGUAUGCCAACACAGAGCGAACCACCUGUCUCCAAAAGGCUGUGACAUUUCUGGCCUAUGAAGACCCCUUGGGCAUGGCUCUGGCCUGCACGGCUCUCUGCUUCUCUGCACUCACAGCUGCUGUCCUUGGGGUCUUUGUGAAGCACAGAGACACCCCCAUAGUCAAGGCCAACAACAGGGCUCUCAGCUACAUCCUGCUCAUCUCCCUCACCUUCUGUUUGCUCUGCUCUCUGCUCUUCAUUGGCCGUCCAAGCACAGCCACCUGCAUCCUGCAGGAGACCACAUUUGGACUGGUGUUCACUGUGGCAGUUUCCACAGUCUUGGCCAAAACUGUCACUGUGAUUCUGGCCUUCAAGGUCACUGUCCCAGGGAGAAGGAUGAGGCAGUGGCUGGUGUAAGGGGCACCUAACUUCAUCAUUCCCAGCUGCUCCCUCAUCCAGCUGACUCUCUGUGGGGUCUGGCUGGGGACCUCUCCUCCCUUUGUGGACACAGACACACACUCUGAACAUGGCCACAUCAUCAUCACGUGCAACAAGGGCUCCGUCACUGCCUUCUACUGUGCCCUGGGAUACCUGGGCUCCCUGGCCCUGGGGACCUUCACGGUGGCCUUCCUGGCCAGGAACCUGCCUGACACCUUCAAUGAAGCCAAGUUCCUGACCUUCAGCAUGCUGGUGUUCUGCAGUGUCUGGCUCACCUUCCUCCCUGUGUACCACAGCACCAAGGGCAAGGUCAUGGUGGCCGUGGAGGUCUUCUCCAUUCUGGCCUCCAGUGUAGGGCUCCUGGGCUGCAUCUUUGCCCCCAAGUGCUACAUAAUUCUCAUAAGACCAGACAAAAACUGUUUGAAAGAUCUGAAGGACAGAAGAAGUUCUAUGGGAAAUAGGCAUUCUGAAAGUUAG